AUGACACCUUUCAUGAGCCUCGCCUUAUUUGUUGCCCUGUUCUUGCUCAACUCAGAUCGCAUUCAGAAAGCCAUUGAGAUAUGCAGCGAAUGUUUGAUUUUGCUAAAUGGCACCGAUCAAAACAGCAAAGACCAAUUUGAUUCAGCACUGCUACAAUUUUACAGCGACAUCUAUACCAUUCUUUUCAGCGCUUAUCGUCAUAUCUCUGACUACAUAAGUGCGGAAAGAUACGGAAGGAAACUGUUUGACUUAUACAGAGGGUAUGGAAUUAUGCUUUAUAAACUUGGCGAAAGCCUAAAAGCAAAGGAAUAUUUUGAGAGGGCCCUUGCCAUAACAACCAAAAUUGGCGACAGACGAGGGGAAGCAUCAUGUUAUGGAAACCUAGGUACUGUGUUUGCGUCGCUUGGCCAAUACGACAAGGCUAAAGAGUAUCUCCAAAAAGCGCUUGUCAUCAGAACUGAAAUUGGCGAUAGAGAAGGGGAGGCAUCUGACUACGGAAACCUAGGUACUGUGUUUAAGUCGCUUGGCCAAUACGACAAGGCUGAAGAGUAUCUUCAAAAAGCGCUUGUCAUCAGAACUGAAAUUGGCGACAGAGAAGGGGAGGCAACUGACUACGGAAACCUAGGUACUGUGUUUGCGUCGCUUGGCCAAUACGACAAGGCUGAACAGUAUCUCCAAAAAGCGCUUGUCAUCAAAACUGAAAUUGGCGACAGAGGAGGGGAAGCAUCUGACUACGGAAACCUAGGUACUGUGUUUGCGUCGCUUGGCCAAUACAACAAGGCUGAAGAGUAUCUCCAAAAAGCGCUUGUCAUCAGAACUGAAAUUGGCGACAGAGGAGGGGAAGCAUCUGACUACGGAAACCUAGGUACUGUGUUUAAGUCGCUUGGCCAAUACGACAAGGCUAAAGAGUAUGUCCAAAAAGCGCUUGUCAUCAGAACUGAAAUUGGCGACAGAGAAGGGGAGGCAACUGACUACGGAAACCUAGGUACUGUGUUUGCGUCGCUUGGCCAAUACGACAAGGCUGAAGAGUAUCUCCAAAUAGCGCUUGUCAUCAGAACUGAAAUUGGCGACAGAGGAGGGGAAGCAUCUGACUACGGAAACCUAGGUACUGUGUUUGCGUCGCUUGGCCAAUACGACAAGGCUGAAGAGUAUCUCCAAAAAGCGCUUGUCAUCAGAACUGAAAUUGGCGACAGAGGAGGGGAAGCAUCUGACUACGGAAACCUAGGUACUGUGUUUAAGUCGCUUGGCCAAUACGACAAGGCUAAAGAGUAUCUCCAAAAAGCGCUUGUCAUCAGAACUGAAAUUGGCGACAGAGGAGGGGAAGCAUCAUGUUAUGGAAACCUAGGUACUGUGUUUAGGUCGCUUGGCCAAUACGACAAGGCUGAAGAGUAUCUCCAAAAAGCGCUUGUCAUCAGAACUGAAAUUGGCCACAGACAAGGCAAAGCAUCAUGUUAUGGAAACCUAGGUACUGUGUUUAGGUCGCUUGGCCAAUACGACAAGGCUGAAGAGUAUCUCCAAAAAGCGCUUGUCAUCACAACUGAAAUUGGCCACAGGCAAUGCGAAGCAUCAUGUUAUGGAAACCUAGGUACUGUGUUUACGUCGCUUGGCCAAUACGACAAGGCUGAAGAGUAUCUCCAAAAAGCGCUUGUCAUCAGAACUGAAAUUGGCGACAGAGAAGGGGAGGCAACUGACUACGGAAACCUAGGUACUGUGUUUGCGUCGCUUGGCCAAUACGACAAGGCUGAAGAGUAUCUCCAAAAAGCGCUUGUCAUCAGAACUGAAAUUGGCGACAGAGAAGGGGAAGCAUCAUGUUAUGGAAACCUAGGUACUGUGUUUACGUCGCUUGGCCAAUACGACAAGGCUGAAGAGUAUCUCCAAAAAGCGCUUGUCAUCACAACUGAAAUUGGCGACAGAGAAGGGGAAGCAUCAUGUUAUGGAAACCUAGGUACUGUGUUUAGGUCGCUUGGCCAAUACGACAAGGCUGAAGAGUAUCUCCAAAAAGCGCUUGUCAUCAGAACUGAAAUUGGCGACAGAGAAGGGGAGGCAACUGACUACGGAAACCUAGGUACUGUGUUUACGUCGCUUGGCCAAUACGACAAGGCUGAAGAGUAUCUCCAAAAAGCGCUUGUCAUCAGAACUGAAAUUGGCGACAGAGAAGGGGAAGCAUCAUGUUAUGGAAACCUAGGUACUGUGUUUACGUCGCUUGGCCAAUACGACAAGGCUGAAGAGUAUCUCCAAAAAGCGCUUGUCAUCACAACUGAAAUUGGCGACAGAGAAGGGGAGGCAACUGACUACGGAAACCUAGGUACUGUGUUUACGUCGCUUGGCCAAUACGACAAGGCUGAAGAGUAUCUCCAAAAAGCGCUUGUCAUCAGAACUGAAAUUGGCGACAGAGAAGGGGAGGCAACUGACUACGGAAACCUUGGAAUUUUGUUUAGAACUGUUGGUGAUUUUGAAGCUUCGGAAGUAUGCUUGGAGAAAGCUUUAUUCAUAUCCAGAGAUAUUGGAGAUGGAAGAAAAGAGUUUGAAAUCCUCCGAGGCUACGCCGUUUUGUAUUUAUAUCAAGAUAAAAUCAAAGACUCCCUGUCGUGUCUUCACCUGUGCAUUAAAAAGUAUGAGGAGCUGAGAUAUUUCUUGGGCGCCAAUGAUCAGUUCAAAACAUCAUUUCUGGAGGACACAGGAACAUUCCCCUACAAGCUGCUUUGUACUUUGCUUUGUGACACCGAAAAUGCUCGGGAUGCUCUUUAUGUUGAGGAGUUGGGUCGAGCUAGAGGCCUAUCAGACUUAAUGGCAGAGAAGUACUCGGUUGAAACGCACAUCUCUGCUAAUCCACAAUCCUGGUUUGGCAUUGAGGACAUUUUGAGAAAGAAAAGAAACUGUACUUGUCUGUACAUUUCUUAUUUUCAGAAUCGUCUGCAUUUGUGGAUCUUGAAAACAAGUGGAGUCCUUCACUAUAGAAGAGUAUCACCAGAAGAGAAUCUAGUUCAGGCUGGGUUACCCAAAGAUUUGUCUUUGAGUCAAUUUUUGGAUUAUAAUUUCCGGAGUCUUGGUAUUUUGCCCACUAAAGAUUGUGAAGAUCGGUCUUUAAAUACGAUUAAAUUGCAACCUCUCUCCCCCGCGCAAAAGAGCUCAGCAAGAUUGCGACUCAUGGAAGAGGACGAGGACGAGGACGAGGACGAGAAAGUGAUUUCAAGUCUAUACUUGUGUUACAAAAUGUUCAUUGCCCCCGUUUAUGAUUUGCUUGAUGAGCCUGAAGUCAUUAUUGUUCCUGACCGCAGGUUGUACAAAGUUCCCUUUGCUGCCCUGAGUGAAAAGGAGGGAGCCGAAUACUUGUCAGAGACUCAUAAGAUCCGUAUCAUUCCUUCGUUGACAACACUCAAGAACAUUCAAGAUAGUCCAGAGGACUAUCACAGCAACACUGGUGCCUUGGUAAUAGGCAAUCCCAAGGUUAAUUGGCUGCAACCAUUGCCAGCUGCAAGAAAGGAAGCGGAGAUGGUCGGACGACUGGUGGGUGUUCCGCCUCUAGUUGAAGAGAAAGCAACGAAGCAGGCGGUACUUGAGCGGAUAAGUUCAGUGAGCUUGAUACAUUUUGCUGCCCAUGGUAACGCGGAAAGAGGGGAAAUUGCACUCUCCCCCAAUCCCUGUCCCAACAGUCAAACCGCUAUCCCACCGAAGGAAGCUUACAUGUUGACGAUGGCUGAUGUCUCACGAGUGAAAGUCAGAGCUAAACUGGUGGUACUUAGCUGCUGUCACAGUGGAAGUGGAGAGAUAAGAGCCGAGGGAGUUAUAGGAAUUGCCCGUGCGUUUUUAGGAUCCGGUGCUCGCUCGGUGUUGGUUGCGCUGUGGGCCAUUCCAGACUCAGCAACAGAGCAGCUGAUGAGUCGGUUCUACGAACACCUCAUUGAAGGUGGAAGUGCCAGUGAAUCCCUUCAUCAGGCCAUGAAGUGGAUGAGAAAAAAGCCCUUGAACAAAAUCUCUGAGUGGGCUUCGUUUACGCUGAUUGGAGAUGAUGUGAGACUCGAGUUUGACAACCAGCGGCAAGACUCGGUGAGAACAGGUAUUUCAUAAAUUAAAGUUAAAUUAGAUGUGAGGAUGGUUAUGACUUACUGGUCGUUGUUACCUUGAACAUCAAGGCUAGUUUAAUAUCUAUAUAUAUAUAGAUAUAUAUGUACAUAAAUAUAAAUAUAUAUAUUUAUAUAUAUAUAUAUUUACGCACCCUUUUUUUCCUUUUUCAAGAGUUACUAUCUCCGCUCUCUGGUGUAAAAUAUAGAAUCUCACAGAUACCUCUCUACCAAUGAGACACAAGUAAUAGCCAAUUAUUUUUAUAUAUCGUGCUUGGUGUAAUUGUGUUUGCUUUAUAUCCAAAAUAUUAAUUGAGGUAAUAAUAAAUUGGGUUAUUUCAAAUUUUUUCUUGCAGGAAAAAAGACCCCGAUAGAGUAAAUAAUGACAAGUACUCGAAGGGAACAGAGUUAAAAGACUUUUGGAUGGAUAAAUUAAAUAGAAAUAAGUAGAGAAAAUACUCUUCCAGUAUUUCAUCGACAUUAAAAAAAAAAGAGCUAUCCCAGGUAAGGGGAGAUUUAUUCCAAUUUUUGCUGCUUUCUUUUCUAAUAUUCUCAGGAGGCAGUAAUGAUUAUGUACUCAAAAAUUUUUUGUUUUUCACGCAAAAAUUAUAUUAGACACGAAACAAUGUUGACCUACGUAAGACUUUUGAGUAAAACGAAUUCAGUAAAGUUAAGACAGUAGUUUAAGUAUUAAACAAACCACUAAAAUCUGGUUUAAUUUUUGUGUUUUCAAGCCUUUUGUAAGGUUUAGUUAUUAAGAAUACCUUCCAUAUUUCAAGAAUGAAUUUGAUGUAGCAUCUGAAGGGAUCCUUGUCAACCACGCCGCUGUUUUUGUCAAUAUACGGAUAACUGCGGAGAGAUUCGUUUAUACUUACUCAACGCCUAGCAGGAGUCGUGCCGGCACGUAAACACUUUUUAAGUGGCGUUAAGAUAGGAUUCGCAAAAGGAGAAGCGUUGCGCAUCCUAAAAAUAGGUCAGAAGCACUUCACAUUUAAAAAAAUCGUACAGAGCUUAAAAAUACGACUAAAAGAGGGGAAAGAGUAUACCUGACGAACUUCUGGAGAAAUACGUGUCUGAAGUUAUCUGCUCCAGUAGAGAAGGAUCACCUCCGGCUUUACAAAAGCUCAAGAACACGCUGAUGUGGAAAUGUCACAUUCAAAAUCACAUCGCCAAAAAAACAUUAAAGUAUAUCCUGGCCAGAACUGAUCUUUGGAGACGGAAGUUUAAAAUCGCUUCCAGAUGGCGGGAGUGUCAUGCGGGCAUGUCAAUACUUCAAUUUUUAACUGGUCACUUUCCUCUUGUGCUAUGCACCCUGCGCGAAGCUUGUCGACUCUUAAAUGCAGAAAAAUCUCUGCCAAUUGGCUAUGAGUUAGAUCUCUGAAAUAUGGUAGUAAUCAUGUCUUGGAAUAAAGAGAUCAUCUGUUGUAGAAUAAGUUGAUUCGUAACACCCUGUAUGUAAGGAAUAACAGCAAAACCAGUCGCUGGUUCCCAUUCAUCAAGAGCGUUACUAUUUGUAACUGGUUUUUGGCAGUUACGGAGAAAAGUUUUUGUAGAGCCAUUUGCCCAUUUGGAUUUUAGUGAAGAGCGAAACAACGUCGAAAGAUACUAAUUCUUCACAAGCGUUAAGAGUUUUAUCUUUUAUGAAAUCCGCAAAUUCGCAGGAAUUUUUGACCGUGUAAUCAGUAUUCCCAACAACAGGCGACAAAAUUCUCGCAAGAUAACCAGAAAUUGCAUAAGUCGGAGAAUUAACAAAAGACACAAUGAGUCUCAAAGGAAUUCCCGGUUUAUGAAUUUUAUAAAAACGUGGACAUAAGCCGUCACUACUGUCUAACAUUUUGUACGUAGAGUCACUAAUUUUACCAGCUUUUUGCAAAUCAAGCAACAUUUUGUUUAACUUUCUUUGAGGUUUUACUGGUAGGAUCAGAGUUUAAGACAGCAUACGCACUCUUGUCAUUAAGCAGAGUCAAAGCUUUGUCGUGAUAUUGCUGUUUGUCCAUAACCACAACAAUUACCCUUGCCAGCAGAUAAUACGAGCCUGUCUGGAUCCUUUUUGAGAGCUAUAAGUACAUUGGAAACAUCCUUUUGAAUGUUUUUGUGGGGAGGUUUAGAUCGUGACGAUGGUGGUUUGCUUCCUGACGCUUAUUUACACCUCGUCAGAAAAAAAAAGGCCGCUAAUUAGUGAUCAUAUAAAAGGACCUCUUGUUACAGCGUCUAGAUAACCCCUGAUGAAGGCACUAGACAGGAGUGUCGAAACGUUUGGUCUAUGAAUUGUAACUUCGGUUACAUUCAUUAAAUCUGCAAACCAGAGUAGCAUCAAACUAUGUCUGAUUGGCCAGCUGGUUGCCGUGUGAACUUUAAUGUAUUAGAUAAGAAGGCAUUUGCUUACCUUGGCUCCUUUGAUCACUGAACCGGUCGGCCUACGGUUGAUGAAGUUCGGGAUCUUUUGGUCGGUAACAGCCCAUGAAAGCGCGCUUGACAAGGUGAUACAAGAUGUCCUGCUGAUUGCGCCACUUCCAUUGAUUUGGAAAUUCCGUAUUCCCUCGCUAUCUCUCGAUUGUUGUUAACAGCUUCAGCUUCAAUUACGAUUUUCAACUUAAAGUUGAGAUAGUAAGAAUGACGGCGAGUGUUGGCAUGAUUGUGGUGAAUGUAGACUUCGCAAGAUAAUGUUCACCAGGUGAAGUAAAUUAUUAUUAAUUAUUAUAAGAAGUUAUCAUUUGCAGUUAAGGCUGAAUUAAUCUGCUGCAAAUUUACAUUUAUAAAAUGAAUGAGAGACAGUUGAUUUCAAUUUUAUUCAUAUUUUAUAUUUUUAAUAUGGUUGACGUGGUGGGCAUGGUCACCACAUCCACCGUGUAGGAGUGGCCUCUCCCUCCUAAGUUGAAACAUUUUUUUAUUUCUUUGAUAGAAAAAAAAGAAUGAAAAGUUGAGGUAAGGCAAUGCACUUGCAAGGAGAUGUUACCCAACUGACAACUAUACUCAUAAGAUCUAAAUAAAUUACCCUUUUGCCCUAAAAUCCCUAUUUGUAUUAUCAUAGAUUUUUAUCUUUCAAUGCCUGCUUAUGGCAGCUUUUGUUGGAUUGGAAAUAAAACAGUCUUUGUAUAUGUGUAUGUGCUGGAAACUGUUGCAAUGGACCUUCAAAGGGUUUUUUAUUUGAUCUGUAAUAAAUUUUAAUUUCUUUGUCAACAGUCAAAAAUAAUCAUAUACUAUCACCUUUUUUUUCCUUCUCACCUUUAAAUCUUUGAAAAAUUAUUUAAUCUUCUAUUUGAGAAUUGUUAAGAAAUGGAAUUUAUUUUAAUACAAAUAAGGAUUUACACUGUUUAGUAGUAUCAUUUGUGGCUCUAAUGAAACAAACAAUGUAUUUUCACAGUUGUUAGCUUCCAAUCUUUGUUGGACAGUAAGAAAAAAUUUUGGUAUGUAUGAAAUGGAAGCAUCAUACCAUGGAAAAUGCUUGAACAAUUUUUAUCCACUUGUCGCGUUGAUCAAAAAAAUUCACUAGUUCACUAGACUCACAUGUUAAUUUUUGUUUGAUGCAAUAAAUCUCAUUUGUGCACACUUUCCAUCGAAUAAUCUCUGUUUGUUACAGAUUGAAAAAUAUUUCUUGGGCCCCAUACUGUUUCUAAAAUUUAACUUCUUUUCGCAUGAGCAUGAUAAAUAAAAGAUUUUCUAAAUACUGUGGAAAAUGGCAUCUAAAACAAAUGUUAGCCCAGUUUAUUGUAAUGUCAGUUGUUGUUAGGUUACUAUUUACUUUACUUCACCAUUCCACUUCUUCUUCCCCUUCUCUUUUUUAUUAUUUUUCUUGUCCACAUCUAUUUUAUGAAAAAAACAAUACUUGGUUUGAACAAGUUUAUUAAAAAUACUGCACAAGUUCUAUAACUGUAUUAGAAAAGGUUUCUCUGAUUGAACAAUAUUGAACCAAGCGAUGGUAACAUUGCAAAAUUAGGAACUUCUACUUUACUGGAAAUGGUCAAAGGAAAAACAGUUUGCUAACCAGACAUCAUUUCUUAUUGCUUAGACUUUAACAGGAAAGUUGUAUUUCAAGGAGGCUAUGAUGUCACUUUUCCAACUUCCUACAGAGGGGAAAGACUAUUCACUGUGUACAGUUGCAUGACAUUUUGUGGAAUCAUAGCAUUAUAGAAGAAAAGAAAAUAUUACCGUUGACACUUACCUAAAUCACUGCCUUCAGGGGGUGGUCCUUCAGGUAGAUCUUCAUCAUCUAUUGUAUAAAAACUAAACGUAUGUAAUUGUCAAUUUGAAAAAAAAGGUAUUUUAUUUAAAUCAAGGUAAAGUAUUAUACAAUGAGCUAACCUAACAAAACUUCAUUGCACAGAGUUUAAAAGUGAAAUUGUGUUUCAAGGAGACCAUGAUGUCACUUUUCCAACUUCUUAAAGAGAGGGAAGACUAUAAAUUGUUUACAGAUGCAUUACAUUUCGUGGAAUCAUGGCAUUAUGAAAGAAAAGGAAAAUUUUAUUUUCCAGUCAACACUUACCUAAUCUCCACCUAAAGGAGGUGGUCCUUUGGGUAGAUCUUCACCAUCUUUGAUAUAAAUAGUAAACUUAAGUAAUUGCCAAUGUGGGGAAAAAGUAUUGUAUUUCAACAUUAAGGAACAGAUGUGUUGUGAAAAUAUUUUGUCUAAAUUGACCAUCUAAGUUGUAUUUAUGUCAUGUGGUUGCAGAAUAUAUUUGUUGAAAAUAGCAUAUUAUUUAUUAUGCAUAUGUAAUCUUACAAACAUUUAAAUCUUAAUCUAGUUUAAUAAUUGUGGUCUAAUUAAGUUAACAUUCUGUUGUAAAACUAACACUCACCUUCUUGGUUUAAAUGAAGACCAUGUGUGAGAAUAAAUUGAAAUGUUUCCACUUUAAUUGUGUAAAUGAGUUUGUUAGUAACCUGUGGUUAUAAAAAUCUUAUUAAAGUAAUUCUAUGUAAGUGGUUCAGUGCCUUGACAAAGAUUAUUAGAGAGUAUGUCUGAGUGUUCAUUUGAAAUGGCAGUUUUAAGCCUUGAAUUAAUUUUUCAAGAAUGAUAUGCGUCGCAAAGUAAACUGAUCUUGACAUCCUGACAAAACAAAUGCCAUAAUUUUCACGUGAUUGUUUAUUCCAAUUUAAGAUAAGACUUUGUUGAGAUAUCGUUGUAACAAGUAGUAUUGAGAUUGAAAUUAGAGUAAUAACUCCUUUACGUCUGGAAAUAUAUGAAAAUCAUAUACGCGCACUGCGGUGAAGAAACAGAUAGAAGCGAUCCUCGUAGCUAUGAACACUACUGAAGUAGUAGUUGAAAUAAGACCUGAAAAAAAUUCAGGCCCGUACGGGUAGAGAGUUGCACCGGUAUCGCUGAGGUCAUCAGCUCAAAUCCUUUAUUGAGAUUGAAAUUAGAGCAAUAACUCCUUUAACGUUUUGCUUGAUUGUGGGAAAUGAGUAAAACAAAUAACAGCGAUGUGCAUUCUACUCACCUUCCUCAAAAUAGCUCUUCCACUCACCUUUUAUCACGGUAAAAGUUGGCGGGAAAAUAGUUGCUGCCUGGCAUUUCCUUCAUCUGGCGAGAAAAUCCAAGGUGUUAAUUGUUAGAGAGCAAAAUCGCUUGUUUCAGUUUCGCGGUCUCAUUUUGCCCCCUUAUCGUUGUUUUCAGAGGUACUGCCUCGUCUAAUCCAGUUGCUUAGUAAGUUUCUGAGCGCCUUCUGCGUUUCUGGAUACCAAUUAUCAGAGAUAUGGGAUGAUGUAUGUCGUGCUUUAUGAGCACUAGCAGUGUUUCAGAGGUGGAGACUGCAAUUUCACAUACUUGUCCAUACAUGCCCCAAUAUUAAACGAGUCCUUGCAUUUUCUGGUUGCAUAUUGUUGGAAAACUUUUUAACGGUUUACACAAUCUUCAGUUCGUUCCUUUUUUCGAAAAUGUUCGACUUCUCGCUGCAAGCUAUUUUAUGGAGACCCCCAAAAAUUGAAGUUACGGAUUGAAAUCCAUUAAAAUACGCGCUCUACUUUUGGGCUUGGCCAAAUCUAUGCAUUAUACCUCAAAAUAAGUAGACUCAUUUGCAAGAAUUUCGGAGUUAAUGUAAUGUGUUUCCUCAGGAUGGACGUGGAGGGGAAGUCGACUAAAACGAAGCUUUAGCCAAAAAAUGAAAUAGGAUUAAACGCUAGUAAUGAAAGAAGAGAUUUGUUAGCAACAAUAUUUGAGUAAACUAACACUCAUAUCCUCUAGGCUGUUUUAUAUAAACAAUAAACAUACCAUUUCUCUCUAAAUUAAGAGACUUGCGUCCAUAUCUCCACUGAACUUUAUUCACUUUAAUUUUAAAUAUUUUCGCGGUCAGAAAUUAUUGUCUUAACUUUUAAGGGAAAAUGAAAGAAAUCAGACAAAAAACGAAUCAUGCGUGACGCGAAACUUAAAAUCGAAUCUCACGAUUUUUUUUCUUUCGUUGUUUAGAUAGUUUAAAUUUUGUUAUUCCGACCUACCUGCAGAUAGCUUGUUCCGUCAUCUGUUACUCCUCCUAUUGCCACAUCAUAGUAACUCAAAUUAUUUGAUGCUACUUCAGCAAUACCGAAACCAACCCAACCUGUGGUUCUUACUUGCACCAUAAACUCCAGUGUGUCCGCGGACUCAUUGUAGUUGUCGGAAACAUUGUAAUUUUCUUUACCAUCAGGCAUGAUCAUGUUGGAAUACAUGUUGUACAUGGACCUACUUAUAACAAAUAACCGCUGGUCUUUAAACGUGAGUCCAGCAUUGGAACAGUAUUGGUCGAGUAAGAUAAAUUAAUCAACUACCUUCGCUUUCAACCAAUAUUGACAGAAAGUUUCCCUAAUUUGAAAACACAUGUACUUGACUUAACGUUUAAAUAUGUUGUCAAUAUAUCUGAAGACUCUUAACUUCAGGAAAUUUAAUCGAGCCAUUUCACUGUUUGUUUAUCUUGAAAAAUGUAGCCUCACUUUGUAAAGCUUUUCAUUUUUGCAAUCAGCGUCAACGAGUUCUUUCAAUUAUAUGACCCCUACGUUAACUUCAAAAUCGACUUGAUUAACUCGGCAUUUUUAAUUUACGUGGGACCGGUAUUUGCUCAGGGCACAGCAAAAGGGCAACUAAAUGUCACUUUUUUACAUCAAUUAAUUACCCAGCCUUGAAGACCAAGGCAGCAUGAUUUUUGUCUUCGUUCAGCCACAACGAACUGUCCCUUGGUAUUUUCCAACGUUUAUCAUUGCGUGGAAAUAUUACAGCUUAUUGCGCAUGGCUUGCAUGUCGUCUGUUACAAUCAAGAUUGACAGAAAGUGCGUGAGGUAUGAAAACACGAAGGUGAAAGUGGCUCAUUAUUGUUCAGCUUUACAGCCUUAACCUUUGUUUUAUUAAAUAAAUGCUUUUCCUAUAAACAUUUCCAUGUGAAAGAUCAAUGUAUUUAAGCAGCAAUUUUCGUUUCAUUUACUCUUUAUUUAGAGAAAACAUUGAAACUAAAUUUUCUGGGAAAAAAAAAUUUUCAAACGUUUCUUUUAUAUUUCAUAAGCUUUUCAGUGAUAUAUAGUUUUCCAAGUGUUUCUUUGAAAGUAGGGCGCAUAGAACGAUUUUUCCAAAAUUUUUCCUUGUUUCUUUACAUUUCGAUGUUUAUUGCGCAAUUUGUUGCAUAUUUGUCGUCUUUACUUGAACUCUCUCGUCGAGGCCGUACGGCUCAUGAUCAUCAAGGUAGGCAAAGCGCUAAAUCCUCUUUUUCCUCCUUUUUGUUCCUCACUGGGGAAAGGGGACGGUAGCCAAACCCCAGAUCAAAAGUAAGCAAAUUUUUCUCCAAUUCCGAUAUUUAUCACUUACACUUGGAAUUACUUUGUGAGUAUUGGGAAAACUCAGAGUUUGAAAUGUUUUCAAAUUGUGCCGGCAAACAUUAAAAGUGGGAAGUCCAACAAGCUGUGUUUACAUACUCUCAUCUAAACUAACUAGUUGACCUAUGAGAGCGUGUGAACCAUCUCAAUUAUCCUAUAACCAUCAUGAGUUAUAAAAGUGUGACGUGCCAAACCGAAAUACAGUCACUUGGUUUUUUUAGUAGUUUUGUCUUCGAUCAUUCAAAUCACACCCACUAGAAAUUGAAAAGUUCACGAAGACAAGGAGUCGAUUAUUACGCAAAGAUAACUUACCUUAAAAAAAGAAACUUCGGUUGUACUGUGAUCGAUCUUGUGAUGAAAAUCAAACCUUUCAAAGGGGUUAACCUGAAAUGUCCUGUUGAAAAGAGAAUAACACUGUUCAUUUCUUAUGUUCAAUUACAUCAUGAGUGAUAAAAAGUGUGACGUAUAAAACCGAAAUACUGUUAGUAUAUUAUUGAUUGAGUGGUAAGGCCGGACGGAAAAAUAUUUGGCUCGGGGUCAUGGCCUUCAUGGUGUGGACUGUCCCACGCUGAUAUCAUAAGAAAUCCGUAGUGCUCCAUGACGUGGUUUUCCAGUAGCUAUGAUCUGCACUAGCUAUUAACUUGACUUUGUUUUAGGAGGGUUAAACGAUCGAUUCGGAGAUUGCGGUAGAUUCGAAUUGAAUUUCCAUUUUCUACUUGUACACAAGCGUUUCAUGGUCAAGAUACCAUUCACUUAAAUUUUUAGAUUCUAGCGGCGGGUUUUACAGAACACAUUUUUCUAAACGCCGUAAUCCGUUCUUUUGUCUUUUUGAGCGCCAGAGUCUCCCUUAAGAAGAUAAGUUAUGACGCUGCGCGCUCACGGACAGAUGUUUUAAUUUUCUUUAAUUUUUUUACCCACCUUCUUCUAAAUAGCUGUAUGGAAUGAGAGCGUUUGAGUGCACCACUCACCUUUUAUCACGAUAAGAGAUAGCGGGAAAAUAGAUACUGCCCAGUAUUUCCUUCACUCGGCGCGAAAAUCUUAGCUGGCAAUUGUUAGAGAGCAACAUCCCCCGUUUCAAUUUCGCAGUCCUAUUUUGCCCCUUUAUCUGUUUAUCUCAAGUUUCUGAGCACCCUCUGCCUUUCCGGAUAACAACUAUUUGAGGGAUGGGAUGAUGUGUGUCGUGCUUUAUAAGGGUCCCCCUAAAUUUUUUCUCUCAAUACCGAAAUCCCGACGGUUUACACCAGCCAAUCCCGAUCCCGAUCAAAAACUUUUGUCUGAGUCCAUUUCCUUAACUUAAGAGGGCGGUUUCGGUGGAUGAUGAUUUUCUCGACCAGCAUUAGUCCGUUGUGAGCUUUGCUCACUGUAAGGCUUAAUUUUAUCUCUUUUUACUAAAAUGAUGAUAGUUUAGAAGUUUUUAAUUUUUGCACGAAUAACGUAGGCUAGUCUUUGUAACGACUCUCUUCCGUUUAACCUCGAUCACAGACAAACGUAUUAAUAAACACAGGUCAGUAUCAAGGAAACGAGUAACAAUGUCAACUAGAGCAUAAAACACAAAAGGUGACUGCAGUCCCAUAGUUCCUAAACAAAGGAAAGGAAGAAAAAUUAACUGAACGCAAUUCUAAUGUUAAAGCGAGUACUUCUUCUAGAGCGGGAACCUCUUCCAAGGGGAAAAUCAGCCUCUCUUUCCAAAGAUGGAAAGUUACCAUCAUCACUCGGCGAAUCGUACUCUAAUAUUCCAUCUUGCUCUUUGUCUUGUUUCCCGCUGUUUUCUUGUUGCUCCACGAAGUCAGAGCCAUCGUUGUUUCCUGUCUGACAGAGCGCCGACACACCGUUGCGACAAAUGUUUACGCCCAGUCGUAUUUUCUGUAUGACAGGAUCAUGGCAAUUUCGGCUACAUGAUACCAGGAAUCUGAAUUUGUAAGAUAGUGCGCCGCCUAACGGGUUGUCCUCUUUAAGCCCUCUUUGGCUGCAUUUCCAAACUUUCUUGCGCAAUAUAACACCGUGAAAAUUUGAUCUUUGUGAUGCACAACCAAGUGAAUAUUCUCCACGUCCAGUUUCAUGCAACUCAACAGGUUAAGAGCGUCGUAUUGGUAUCAUUCUGAGACCCGCUUAAGGAUUUCAAGGCCGUUAAGCAUUUUAAUUGACGCAGCAAUCUUAGAUGCCACGUUACCCUAUGGGCAAUUGAGAUUUUUGAUAACUUGGUAAUUUCGCUUCUGAUAGAAUUUUCAUUUCCUCGCUGAUCAGCUCGACCGCCUCUUAAAUCCUAAAAAGCUUGUACGCCUGGUGCCUCUCAUGGACUGAGUGAUCAAAUUCUCCAUAAAUUCUCGUCAAAAGACAUCCCGGUUUUCGGUUUGCUUAAGUGAUUAUUUCCCGAAUCCCGCUCCUCAAAAUCGCCGAUUCCCGUGUCUCGUUCAUAAUAACAAUCCCGCAUCUCGCUUCCUUCUCACUUUAGAUUCCCGGAUACAAGCCCUCAAUAAGCCCAAUCACGAAUCCCGAAGAACCUAUUGGGGAUCCUCCUUUAUGGGCACUAGCAGUGUUUUGAGAAGUGGAGAUCUGCUGUUUCACAUACUUUGAAAAUAUCGUAAUAUCGUAAUAUCGUAAUAUCGUAAGUGACCGGACGUGCCCAAUAUUAAAAGUGUUCUUCCAUUUUCUGGUUGCAUAUUGUUGGGAAGACUUUUUAACUGUUUGCACAAUUUUCGUUCCUGUUUUUGAAAAAUUUCGACUUCUCGCUGCAAGCUAUUUUAUGGAGACCCCUAAAACCUUUACUCUUUAUUUAGAGAACACAUUGAAACUAAAUUUGCUGGGAAAAAAAGAAACUUUAAAAACUAUUCUUCAAUACUUCAUAAAAUAUCGUAAUAUCGUAAUAUCGUAAUAUCGUAAGUGACCGGACGUGCCCAAUAUUAAAAGUGUUCUUCCAUUUUCUGGUUGCAUAUUGUUGGGAAGACUUUUUAACUGUUUGCACAAUUUUCGUUCCUGUUUUUGAAAAAUUUCGACACUGACUCAUAGCUGAUAACAUUCAAUACUGGAAAUAUAUAAUUGUAUUUAAAAUUUCACUAUACCUUUAAUUUCCACACUAAUAACUUAUUGAUUGAACAGUUGAACUAGAUAUGAAAUUUGGCUUUUUAAUUUUUGUAAUGUAGCCAUGGAAAGGCAGUAAAAAAAGAAUGAGUUUUGAUUUGAGGUUACUGUCAACAAGAUCUGGUCAAAUUUUCAAACUUUCGUUUCCUUUACUCUUUAUUUAGAGAACACAUUGAAACUAAAUUUGCUGGGAAAAAAAGAAACUUUAAAAACUAUUCUUCAAUACUUCAUAAGCUUUUUAGUGAUAUAUAGUUUUCAUGGUUUCUUUGAAAGUAGGGCGCGUAGAACGAUUUUCCAAAUGUUUUUCCAAAAUUUUUCCUUGUUUCCUUACAUUUCGAUGUUUUCUGCGCAUUUUGUUGCAUAUUUGUCGUCUUUACUUGAACUCCCUCGAAGAGGCCGUACAGCUCAUGGUCAUCAAGGCAGGCAAAGCGCUAGUUCCUCUUUUUCCUCCUUCUUGUUCCUCACUUGAGAGGGAUGGUAGCCAAAUCCCAGAUAAAAAAUUGGCACAUUUUUCUCCAAUUCCGAUAUUUAUCAUUUAUACUUGAAAUUACUUUGCGAGUAUUGAAAAAACUUUGAGUUUGAAAUGUUUCCAAAUUGCGCCGACAAACAUUUAAAGUGUGAAUUCCAAACAAGGUAUGUUUACAUACUCUCAUCUAAACUAAACAGUUGACCUAUGAGAGCGUGCGAGCCAUCUCAAUUAUUUUAUAACCAUCAUCAGUUAUAGGAGUGACGCGCCAAACCGAAAUACAGUCACUUGAUUUCUUUUAGUAGUUUUGUCUUCGAUCAUGCAAAUCACACCCGCUAGAAAAUGAAAACUUCACAAAGACAAUGAGUCCAUUAUCACGCAAAGAUAGCUUAGCGUUUAAAAAAAAGAAACUUUGGUUGUACUGACCCUGAGCUAAAUAUUUUACCCACUGGCCCCACCAGAUUCGGUCAAUGAGCAUUUUAUCAUAUGACCACUAACUGUUGAAAAUUUCAACCUAAGUCGGACGCUAUAUACGGGCAUACAGGCACACAAAAAAUAAGCAAUUUAAAACUCUUCCUUUUUAUUUCGAUAAGCCCAGAGGGGGAAAGGGAAUAACCUAAACACACGUGAUCUGGAUAUGUAAAACACUGUGACAGCGGAAGUUCGGAAAGUUGUGAAAAGUGAUUCAUUAAUGUUUCUUGUUUUAUUUUGAAAGAAUCAGCCACAUUGUCAAAAUCUUGGUAAGUGCGAUUGAAAAUCUUUUCUAGUCACUCACUAGUUGUUAAGUAACUGUAGAGAGGUGAGGCUCUUAUGGCAAAGCCCAGUAACCGCUUUUUUGACCUUUAUGUUUGCAAUAUGCCACGUUUCGAGUGUUAGCCCUUCGUUAGAGCGAUUGAUGGCGCGAUUGGAUCGUCACUACAGUGAUAUAUAUUGGUUCUACUGCGACUUCUUCAAAUCUCUGUGGCUUUAUACCGCACAAUUUAUCCCCAUUAAUUAAAAUAGGGUUAUUGAGUAUCGUUCAAUUUGAUGAUCAUAAAUCUAAAUUCAGACCUCUAUUUGUGGUGUAGACUGUCCCACGCUGAUAUCAUAGGAAAUUCGCAGUGCUUCAUUACGUGGCUUUCCAGUGGCUAUGAUCUGCACUAGCUAUUAACUUGACUUUGUUUUAGGAGGGUUUAUCGCUUAUCGAUUCGGAGAUCGCGGUUGAUUCAAAUUGAAUUUCCGUUUUCUACUUGUACACAAGCGUUUCAUGGUCGAGAUACUAUUCACUAAAUUUUUGGAUACUGGCGGCGGGUUCUGCGGUAAAAAUUUUUCUAAACGCCGUAAUCCGCUUUGUUGUCUCGCAUAAGAAGAUAAGUAAUGACGCCGCACGCUCAUGAAGAGAGAUGUUUUUAUUUUCCUAGAGAAAUUGGAACUUUCUUAAAUCCAGUUAUUGCGUACAUAGUAUAAGCAUACUUUUGCGUCGAACGGAUGCUUCAUAUCCUCUCCGUAAAAUUGCUUUCUUCAAACCGUAAUGGUGUUAUACAAUAUAUUUCAACCUCAUUAGCUAAGAUUGUUGAGCAUUUUUUAAUUUAAGAAACUGAUGGUUUCCACAAUCACUUGAUCAAGUUGCUAUUCUCAGUAGUUUUGUUAAAUACUUUUGAUCACAGUUUUAAUUUUUUCAAAUCAAAAAUUGGCGGUAACCGUGUUUGAUUGAGGGUCUUAAGAAGGUUAACCGUGAGCCAUAAAACGGCCAAAAAAAUUUAACUGUUAAGCGUAAAAAAUUGUGUAAUUUUAACUGUUAGUUGUGAACAAAAUUAACCUCAAAAAAUAAUUUCUGGUAACAACUCAUGCAUGGAAUGAUGUUAAUCAUUAGUCGUACAAUAGGCAGAAUUUUAACCGCUAGCCGUAAAAGCCAUCACCCCAUUAAUUAAGACCCUCGUUCUACUAAAGUGAGCCCAUAAUUCUCAAAAACGACUUGUUUGGCUUUGACCGUGUAGCCUUGGAAAAUGAAAUUUCCCCGAAUUUGGAGAAAUCAGGUAAUAGGGACCUUAAGCAAACCACGACGGCGACGGCAACGAGGACAUGAAAAAACAAAAGAUCUAAUUGGCAGAACGAUAGCUCAGCACGUGCGUUUGAAAACUUUGUACAUUUCUUUGCCGUCCUAUGCAAAACAACAACGUGAAAUCACCACAACUUGCGUCGUCUGCGAACCGAAACUGCGACGGCAAAUCAUUUUAAUUUCCAUUUGGAACUCAAGGCUUCUCUUAUACGUUAUGCUGAAGUAGAGGUGUGGCGCCGUAUGAGACGGUAAACACAUGCAGCCAUUUUUUAAAUUUAAUAAAGGCAAAUUCAUUUUUUUAAUCGAAGUCUUCCUGGGCGUUGCCAUCCUGACUGCUUAAGGUCCCUGAUGUUGACGUCAAUACUAAAUUAAACGGGAAGCAAGCUUGUCAAGCUUGCAAUUGUUUGUUACUUUUCGAUAAGAAGGAAGGACCAAAGCCAUAUUGAAUAUUCAUCAUUCAAAUAAUCGCUCGGUGUUAGUGUCCUCCAGUGGCAAUUUUCUUGAAAUUUCCUGAGGAAAAGAAAAAACAAAAAGACAGUGCCUUGCAGAUACGCAGAUCCCACAACGUAACUGUCAUCCAGUCCAUUUCUUCCACUUCUCGCCUGUUCCCAAAAGAAAUAUGUUGAACUAUUGAUUAUGACUAUUAUUUAUUACUGAAAAGUCAAGCAAAGUCAAGCUACUCUCUCUGAUGUCAUUUACUUGUUGCCAUAUUUCAGUCUCUGGAUUAACGCCUUCAAAUGGAAGACCAAUGAUGUAGUUUUUUUCGAGCAAGUUACCCGAGCCACUCCGACCUUUUUUUUUUUAAAGUCUUUCCUCCCCCCCCCCCCCCCCCCCUACCCCCCUACUCUUCACUCCCCUACCCCCACCCCUCUCCUUAUUUUUGACCGUCGACCGCCCCCGGUAUAAAUUUUUCCUCUCCCCAGCCUUCCGCCGCCAUUAAAAUCAAAGAUGGCGGCCAUAAUAUUCGUUAUGAAAUUACUUAGCAUUUGCUAGCCUAAAUUACGCCUGCUCUGCAGGCUAGGUUCUGCGGUACAUAUUUUUCUUAAGGCCGUAAUCUGUUUCUUUGUCUGUUAAAGCGCCAGAGUCUCGCAUAAGAAGACAAGUUAUGACGCUGCGCGUUCACGAAGAGAGAUGUUUUAAUUUUUUCAGAGAAACUGAAACUUUCUUAAAUUCACUGUUUUUACAUACACAGUAUAAGCGUCUUUUCCGUUGAACGGAUACUUCAUAUCUCCACCGUUUAAUGGCUUUCUUCAAACCUUUAUGGUUUUAUACAAUAUAUUUCAACCUCAUUAGCUAAGAUUGUUCAGCAUCGUUUAAUUUGAGAAAAUGAUGGUUUCUACAAUCACGUGGCCAAAAACUAAAAUGAAUCCUAUAUCAAGACAUAUUUAUAAUGCGGACUGUCCUUUUCUACUGUCAGAGGAUAUUCGCAGUGUUACAGUUCGUGGUUUUCCAGUGUCCAUAAUUUUCUUUAGUAAUUCACGUGACCUUGUUCGCUUUUUGUGAAAGUAAUAAGGUCUCGCAUAAGAAGAGAGGUCAGUCUAUGACCGCGUGCUCACGAAGAAAGAUGUUAUAAUUCUCUGUGAGGAACCGGAGGAAGUGUAACUGAUCACUGCGCUUAAUUACUUUUCAGAUGUAAUUAGUUUACGAAGCCCAGCCGUUAAAUUAGUUGAAAAGUAUUGUGAGGCUUUCAAAUGAGCUCCAACAACAUGCCCUUUGAAAUCUAAAUAUUUUGUCAUUGCUAUUUCACAAACUCAUAAUUAAAUCCUUUUAUAAAUGUGGGAGAAGGGAGAUUGCAAUCUUUUCACUUCCAUCACGUUAUCAGGUUACUGGUAAAAUGACAACCAAAACAUUUCUAUAUCUCUUAUACGGUCAAAAACGUGCAGAACAGUAUUAUGUGGUUUUAAAAUUAGUCAAGAUGUUUUUAGGGGAAAAGUGCAAAAUGUUUUUGUCGUUUCACUUUCAGAAGUAUCUGCUGCGACAUUGAUAAUUUUGUAUUGUUUUGUUAGAAUAACUUUACCGUAACUUAAGCUUUAACUUUACGGUUACUUGAGGUAUGAGUAACCUUUUAAUUCCAAAGGCAACUGCUAAUUACUAAUUUGUCCUGUCCUUUCCUGAUACUAUUAAGCCAUGGCUUGUUGUGCGAAGAUUAAGCUCGUUACUUGGUAAUAGCUUGCGACAACAAUAUUUUGCUACAACUCAUGGAAUAAUGUUAUCUGUCAGCCGUUAAAUGGCCAAAAUUUUAGCCGUUAGCCGUAAAAGCCAUCACCCCAUUGAGACCCUCCUUCUACUACAGUGAGCCCAUCGUUCUCAAAUGCGACUUGUUUGGCUUUGACCGUGUAAACUUGGAAAAUGAAAUUUCCCGAAUCUCGAGAAAUCACGUAAUGUUGACAUCAAUACUAAAUUAAAGGGGAAGCAAGCUUGUCAAGCUUGCAAUUCUUUGCUAUUUUUCGAAGACAAGGAAGAACCUUAGUCAUACAUAAUUUUCAUCUUUCACAUAAUCGCUCGGUGCUAGUGCCCUCUAGCUGCAAGUUUCUCGCAAUUGUCUGAGGAAAAGAGGAAACAAAAAUGUUAAAUCAGCGCGAAUUUCCGUUGGGAGUUUCCAGGAGAGUGCCUACUGGAUGCGGGGAUCCUACAACGUAACUGUAGUCCAGUCCAUUUCCCCCACCUCUCUCCCCUCCUCAAAAGAAAUAUGAAUAACUAUUUGCAAUAACUAUUGAUUAUUACUGAGAGUCAAGCUACCUCACUCUCUCUCUGAUGUAAUUUUCUUGUUGCCAUAUUUCAGUCACUGGAUGAACGCCUUCAAAGGUAACACCAGUGAUGGUGUUGAGUGAGUGAGUGAGUGAGUGGUUAAUUUCGAGCAAAUUACAGAUCCACUCCGUCCUUUUUUUUUUUAAUUUUUUACUAUUAUUUUUUUUAAGUAUUAUUAUAAUAGUUACUAUUGUUGUCUUCGAUGCAAAUCACACCCGCAAGAAAAUGAAAAGUUUAUGAGCACAAUGGGUGAAUUUCCACCCACAAGAAGCUUAUUGUUUAAAGACAGAAGCUUUAGUUGUACUCUUGAUCUGAUCGAUCUCGUGUUGCAAAUCCAACCGGUCCAAAAGAGAUGAAUACUGAAGCCUGACGUUUCCCGUUAAACAGAGCAAGAUGUUUCAUUUUUGGAUGCUCAAAUCCAUCAUUGGUUAGAAAGUGUGACGUUCCAAACCGAAAUACAAUCACUUAGUUUUUUUUUUUGGUAUUUUUGGCUUCGAUUUCGCAAAUCACACCCGCUAGAAAAAUAAAAGUUCACCGUGACCGUGACCGUGACCGUGUCUUCGGAAGACUAGGGGUCGAUUGUCACGCAAAGAUAGCUUACCCUUUAAAGAGAGAAACAAGUUUCACCGAAUGUGAUCCGUUGAUGUGCUCCAGUUGUACUUAUCCACGCGUCUUCUUCACUUAUUAUUUUUUGUUUUAAUUCGAUAUUAUGAAUUCUAACACUUUCAGCUCGUUACAAAAAGUUUCCAGCCCGUUUUGGUAACUUCACAUAUAGGUUCCCGUUUGUAGUGACUUAUUGUGAAUCCAGAGUCAUUCUGUUAACUUUUGUUAUUAAAAUAACGUUUCCCUUAUAACAGGAGAGGAUGGCAAUGGAAACCUAACGACAGAAGCCAUGAUAGCUUUCAUGAACAUCGCCUUUCUAGUUGCCCUGUUCCUGCUCAAUUCAGAUCGCAUUCAGGAAGCCAUUGAGAUAUGCAGCGAAUGUUUGAUUUUGCUAAAUAAAACCGAUCAAAACAGCAAAGACCAAUUUAAUACACUACUGCUACAAUUUUACAGCGCCUUCAAUUUACUUCUUUUCAAGGCUUAUCGUCGUAUCUCUGACUACAUGAGUGCGGAAAGAUACGGCAGGAAACUGCUUGUCUUAUACAGCGAGUCUGGUGACUUAGAAAGAGAAGGAGAUGUAAGCUUAGCUCUUGCAGAGAUUGUUGAGAGUCAAAACAGGUUUACAGAUGCCAAACAACUUUACAAAAAAGCAGUUAAUAUCAAGAGACUAGCUGGUGAACAAAUUGGCGAAGCAAGAGCCUGCGCAAGAUUCGGAAUUAUGCUUUAUAGACUUGGCGAGGACCUAAAAGCGAAGGAGCAUGUUGAGAGAGCCCUUGCCAUAGCAACCGAAAUUGGCGGCAAAAAAGCAGAAGCAUCCUGUUGCGAAAACCUAGGAGCGUUGCUUCAGUUACUCGGGGAAUGCGACAAGGCUAAACAGUAUCUCAAAAAAGCGCUUCUCAUCAGAACGGAAAUUGGCGACAGAAAAGGAGAGGCAACUGACUACGGAAACCUAGGAACUGUGUUUCAGUCGCUCGGGCAAUACGACAAUGCUCGAGAGUGUCUCGAAAAAGCGCUUGUUAUCAGAACUGCAAUUGGCGACAGGGAAGGAGAGGCAACUGACUACGGAAACCUAGGAACUGUGUUUCAGUCGCUCGGGCAAUACGACAAGGCUGUAGAGUAUCUCGAAAAAGCGUUUGCCAUCAAAUCUAAAAUUGGCGACAGAAGAGGAGAAGCAUCAUGUUAUGGAAACCUAGGAACUGUGUUUCAGUCGCUCGGGCAAUACGACAGGGCUAAAGAGUAUUUCCAAAAAGCGCUCGCCGUCAAAUCUAAAAUUGGCGACAGAAGAGGAGAAGCAUCAUGUUAUGGAAACCUAGGAACUGUGUUUCAGUCGCUCGGGCAAUACGACAAGGCUGAAGAGUAUCUCCAAAAAGCGCUUGUCGCCAGAACUGAAAUUGGCGACAGGGAAGGAGAGGCAACUGACUGCGGAAACCUAGGAACUGUGUUUCAGUCGCUCGGGCAAUACGACAAUGCUAAAGAGUAUCUCGAAAAAGCGCUUAUCAUCAGAACUGAAAUUGGCGACAGAGAAGGAGAGGCAACUGAUUACGGAAACCUAGGAACUGUGUUUCAGUCGCUCGGGCAAUACGACAAUGCUAGAGAGUAUCUCGAAAAAGCGCUUAUCAUCAGAACGGAAAUUGGCGACAGAGAAAGAGACGCAACUGACUACGGAAACCUAGGAACUGUGUUUCAGUCGCUCGGGCAAUACGACAAGGCUGUAGAGUAUCUCCAAAAAGCCCUCGCCAUCAGAACUGAAAUUGGCGACAGAAGAGGAGAAGCAUCAUGUUAUGGAAACCUAGGAACUGCGUUUCACUCUCUUGGGCAGUACGACAAGGCUAAAGAGCAUCUCCACAAAGCGCUCGUGAUCAGAACUGAAAUUGGUGAUAAGGAAGGGGAGGCAGCAGAUCUUGCAAACCUCGCAGUUGUGUCUAGAACUGUUGGAGAUUAUGAAGCUUCGGAAGUAUGUUUGGAGAAAGCUUUAUCCAUAUCUAGAGAUAUUGGAGACAGAAGAAAAGAGUUCCAAAUCCUUCAAGAGCACGCUAUUUGGUAUUUGUUUCAAAAUAAAAUCAAAGACUCCCUUUCGUGUCUUCACCUGUGCAUUGAAAAGUAUGAGGAGCUGAGAUCUUUCUUGGGCGCCAAUGAUCAGUUCAAAACAUCAUUUCUGGAGGACUCAGGAACAUUUACCCACAAGCUGCUUUGUAAGUUGCUUUGUGCCACCGGAAAUUCUCGGGAUGCUCUUUACGUUGAGGAGUUGGUUCGAGCUAGAGGCCUAUCAGACUUGAUGGCAGAGAAGUACUCGGUUGAAACGCACAUCUCUGCUAAUCCACAAUCUUGA